UGUGUUCAAUCCUGAAAUUUUCAACAAUUAUUGCACUUAUACCGAUCCUGAGUAUCGGAUCGAGACAUCCAUAUCCUUCCGCAAACUUGUCUGACUUGAGUGAUUGAUAGUUAAUGCUUCCUUCCUCCGUUUGUUCAGGGCCAAACUCUGGUCCCUGGAGAAGGAGGCAAAUGUUGUUACUGCCAAGGUAGAAUCAAAACUCCAGACGUGUAAUUUCUGUAUAUAUGAUGUCAUUGUGAUUGAAGUUUUUUUUUUUAAAUAGGGGAAAAUGAAACCAUAACUAUAGAUAUAACUCCACCUCCUAUGACCACAAGGCCCAGGGAAGAUACCACUCCCCCGGUUCCCACAUAUCCUCUUCCCCCUGGAGGUAAUUUACAUUUAUAUAGACAUAGCUAUGUAAGCUACCCAGCUACUACCAGCUACUCUUGGUCUCGCUCUUAUUUCCUUGGUUGCUUUUUUUCAGAAGACUGUUGGUCUCCUUUGGGCGUUCAGACUCUGCCAGCCUCAAGUUUCAGUGCCUCCUCAAGGCAAACUGGUCAUCCUCCUGAGGCAGCUCGUCUUCAUGGCUUGGACACCCGCAGUGACCUCCAGGGUUGGAGUCCUGAACCUGAGGAGUACAAGGACCUGCCACCGCGGCGCCCAAGUGGACACGGCAGCCACACAAAAGGCCCCUAUCUGCAGAUCAACCUAUUACAACCGUACAACAUAACUGGUAUGCUAACGCAGGGUGGCGGUGCUUUCGGCACAUUUGUGUCCAGCUUUUACAUACAGUUCAGUCCGGACGGCAAACAGUGGUACACGUACAAAGAGCUUGUCGCUGAUGCACGUCCCAGAGCAAAGGUAAUCAGAAAUUGAGUUAAAUGUAUUUUAAAGUAUAUUUGAAUGUCUUUCACAGACCAUUUUUUUCUUCUUCCAGGUUUUUCUUGCAAACCACGAUGAUCGAGGGGUGGCAGAAAUCAGGCUGGACAGGAUGGUGUCAGCUCAGUUCAUUCGCCUGCUCCCACAUGACUUUCAGAAUGGCAUCUACCUUCGACUUGAGAUUAUGGGUUGUGGUGACGGUUGGUUGAUUCUGAACUACCUAAUAGUUUUUAACUUCUUUGUUUUCAUGCCAGAACAUCAUUAAUUGUAAGGUUUUUUUUUUUCUACCCACCAUCACCAGUCACCUCCGGGGCUGGCUGCAGAGAGAAAGAGUUUCAGUGCAGAAAUGGCAACUGUGUGCCGGCAGGUCCACAGGGCGUGGUUUGCGAUGGAGUCAAUGACUGUGGUGAUGGAUCAGAUGAGAUGUACUGUGGGGUGUUUUUUUUUUUUUUUUUUUUAGAUAACACAAAGUAUGAAAUUUCCCUAUUCCUGCCUGAGGUUUUUCAAUUAAUAAUCUCUCUUCACACGCAGGUACACAGCCUUCUCCCACUGCCACCACUCCCCACCGCUGCCCUGUUGGUCAGUUCCGCUGCCCACCACCAGGAGGCUGCAUAGGGGCAGAGAAAUUAUGCGAUGGCGUUUUUAAUUGUCCUCAAGGAGAAGAUGAAAUUGGUUGCCAGCCCCGUGAAAACAUCACCACCCAAUCAGACAGGUCCAUUUAAUUUGUUUUCAAAUUAGGUUAUGUACAGUAUGUAUGUAUAUAUAU